AAUAUUCACUUAUGACUUUAUCUAUGGCUGUACACCGUCUGCUUAUCAGUUAUCUUAUUAUUACAAAUAAAUAAUAAUAUAAAUAUUAAAUUACAAUAAUUGCUCCGAUUUGGAAAUCCAUUAAUAAAUAAUUAUAAAGAGUUUGUAUGACGCUAAUGGUCGUUAGAAGUGGCGGUGGCCGUCUGCGGCCUGCGACCGGUUAUGCGUAGUGCGUGUUACACACUUAAACGAAACAGUCACCCGCCAUCGCCAUUCAUAUAUCGUUCUAUUUAUUCGUUCGUAAGUCGUAUGAAAACGCCGCGUGCCAUUGACAUUUGGCUACCGAAAAUUUGUAAUUUACGAGGUUAGUGUUCGCGUAGUCGGUAGAUAUUUCGCAGUUGCAUGCGUCGCAUAAUUAUUCCGACGUAGUGACGGUGAUAAGUGCUUGUUUUAGUAGAAACCUACUACCUAGUGAAGAGGUCUUACUACGCGUCCCUGGACGGCAUAUUUUGCAGGUCCGUUGACUAUGAUCUCCGAUCCCCCUAAGUCUCGAGACUGGUGGCCGGCCCUGGAGGACUUGCGAUUGAAGGACACGGCCGUGGUCAUCUUGAACACCAGCAUUGAAAAUCCGCCAAAGCUGGUGCGGCAUCUGUGGAACAACUCCUGGCUCCGAGUGACUGUCGACGGUGGCACCAACCAAUGGCACAGUUUCGUCAAACAGAACUCAUUUGAUGACUUGAAAUUCCCUGACCUCAUAACCGGUGAUCUGGAUUCGGCCAACCCUGCUGUCGUCGAGCAAUUUGUGUCAAUGGGUUCAAAAAUCAUUCCUACGCCCAGCCAGGAUGAGACUGACUUCACCAAAGCUCUUAAAGAGGUUAAAAAAUACUCAGCAAAGAAUUGUAAAUCAAUAGAUUCUAUUAUUGUCAUGGUAAACAUGUGCCAUAGGGUCGAUCAUUUCUUGUCAAAUUUAAACACUUUGUACAAGUCAAAAACCAAAGACCUUUAUUUCAACGAAGACAUAUAUUUGCUGGGAAGAAAUUCAUUGACCUGGUUGCUUCAGGCCGGUACACAUCGUAUUCAUGUUCCUCAGUCCCUCAGGUUGCACCCAGAGAACAAUUAUGUAGGCUUUUUUCCAAUGGGUUCGGCAUGCAACGUAUGUACAACGACGGGACUUAAAUGGAAUUUAAGUGGAACACUGAUGGAAAUGGGAGGACUUACCAGCAGUAGUAAUACAUUUAAUGGAGAACCAAUUGUUACAAUCACCAACAGUUCACCGCUAUUGUGGACAAUGACUAUGGGUUAUGAAGAAAGUUUCUAAACUAUAAAGAACACUGUUAGAUUGGUGUAUUUUAUUCCAAAGUAAAAUUUUCUCCUUCUUACUGCCUGGCCACUCGUUAUUUACUCGCACAAGAGAUCUUUGUUUAUAUUAUCAUCUGCACUGUCAGUAUGACUGCAAUAAAAUCUAGUACAGAAUUUGAUUAAUGUAUUUGUGUUCUUAAUUUUUAUAACUUAAUAUUUUAUUUUUCGUUGUUGUUAUUAGGGCCUCAAGAGGUUGUUAUAUUAUGAAAUAGUCUAUGCAAUAAUGUAUUUUAUUAUUUGUUUUCAAUCAAAUAUAUCUAUACACGCGUGUAUAAUAUUGUGA